AUGUUUUCAGGUGGCACUCCCAGUCUGGCACCACCGACCUUUGUUCCCUCGAUCCUCGAAACACUAGAAAAAAACGGGUGCAACAUCCUACCAGACGCGGAAAUCACACUCGAGGCAAAUCCGACGUCCUUGCCCGACCUCAAGGCCCUUACCAAUCAUGGUAUAACCCGCCUCAGCAUCGGUGUACAAUCACUCGCAUCCACAGAAACCCUCCGCUCCAUGAACCGCGAGCAUACCUCCGAGCAAGCCAUUCGCAUGCUCGAAGGCCUCGUAUCCUCCCCACACCAGCUCAAGCACGGAUUCACUUUUGAUCUAAUGUUCGGCAUGCCCAAUCAAACACGCGAGGAUUGGGCAAAGGAGCUCGAACUUGCGACGCCCUUUGCCCAACACGGUGGACAUCUUAGUCUGUACGAACUAACUCUCGAACCAUCCACGCCCCUGAAAAAAGCCGUUCGCGCAGGCCGUGUGACGGUCCCUGACGAAGACACCAAGGCGGACAUGUACGAAGCCGCUGUCGAUGCCAUGCGAGACGCAGGGUUAGAACACUACGAGAUAUCCAGUUUCGCUAAGCCAGGUCGAUGGGGUGCUCACAACUACUCAUUCUGGAUGGGCGCUGAUUUGGUUGGGAUUGGGCCGGGUGCGCAUGGACGGAUUACGGAUCUGAAGAGUAGGAGGAAGGUUAGUACGAGGACGAUUCCUAGUCCGCGGUUGUGGGAGGCGCAGGUGAGAGAUGUGGGGACUGGUGUUAUUGCACGGGAUGAGUUGACUGAGGAGGAGUACGCUGUGCAACUGCUUGCCGGUGGACUACGGACGAAGACCGGACUAUCUGCCCGGAUCUUCCGUGAGAGGAUGAAUAAUGGCUUGACACUCGACCAGUUCCUCGACCUAGACGAGGUGAACAGAUUCGUUGACGAAGGAUUCCUGGAGUACGACAAAGACGACAAGGCGGUGAAGAACAUGGGAUACAGCAAGACUUACAACUUCAGCGAAGGAAGCCUCAGACCAACGGAGAAAGGGAUGCGAGUUAUCGACUCCAUUCUACCUAUGCUUACGCCUUAA